AACGCAUGGCCUGGAUCUUUUAGGCUGUUAAUUUAAAAAUGGAGGAUGAGCACUUCAUCUAUUAAUUAAUAAUGUAGCUCUCUGUCUUCCUGUGUGUCACAGGCUGGAAAGGCGGUGAUCGGCCAAUAAUAAUAUAGGAGAAAGAAGUCGAAAGCUCCUCCCUGCUGUUCUUCCUCGUUGAGAGCUGAAGUAGAUCAAAAACUUCCGCGGAGCCGGAAAAGAAACAGUAAAAGGAUCCAGAAAGAGGGAGAAAGAGAAAAAAGGGAAACGGGAGCCGGGGGAUGCCGCUUCUACACCGAAAGCCCUUCGUGAGGGAGAAACCUCCGGCUGACCUCCGGCCCGACGAACACGUCUUCCACUGUAGAGUCACCAACGAGGUCUUCAGGGACUACGAUGAAUUUUUUGAAAGAACAAUUCUUUGUAAUAGUCUUGUCUGGAGUUGUGCUAUCACAGGCAAAUCUGGACUUACCUAUCAAGAAGCACUAGAAUCGGAAAGGAAAGCCAGACAAAAUAUCCAAAACUUUCCAGAACCUCUCAUUGUUCCAGUCUUAUACUUAGUUACUCUCACUCAGCGUUCACGACUUCAUGAAGUUUGUGAUGAUAUCUUUGCUUAUAUCAAAAACCAUUAUUUUGUUGGUGAACUUGUUGAAGUACUUAGGAAUAAUGGUGAAAGAUUACACUGUAAAAUUCUGGAAAUCAAAGCACCAGUACAUCAGAAUGGAAUGGCCAAUGGCCAUGCCAAAGGUGUUGAUGGAGUCACCAUUAUCAUUAGCGAUAGCGAUGAUUCAGAUUUAGAUACCACUUCUGCACAAAAUGGGAAUGAAAAAGCCAUAACUGAUCCUUUUUUGUACAAGUAUAAAGUGAAGCCUUUAAAGAAACAAUUAUAUGAGUCUGUUACAGUGAAAGCAUCACAGAUAUGCCGAAGAAGACAUAUUUUUUCUUAUGACAGACUAAAGCUUUUUUUAAAGCAACACUGUGAAUCACAUGAUGGCAUUGUUAAAAUUAAGGCAAUAUCAAUUGCAAAAUACAAGAUAGCAGAACAGACUUUUUUCUCUCUUUUUCCUGAUAAUCCACCCAUCUUUAUGUUCAGUUCUUCAAAUAAACAAAAAAGAUCUUCAAAGCUGACAUCUGAUGAUCAUGAGGACAAAGAUGCUGAAGAACACUUUAGUCCUAGAAAUCUAAGCAACACAGCAAAAGAAAGAGUAAAACUCCAAAAAGAAAAAGAACAUAUGAGAACCAGCGAAAAAUUAAAAAGGGAGAAAGCAAAUGCUAUGAAAUUCAAGAGAAAAGAGAAACAAGACAAAGAAAAAAGAAAAGAAGAAUUAAAGAAGCUUGUGGAGGAAGAAAGACUAAAGAAAAAAGAAGAGAAGGAGCGACUGAAAAUAGAAAAAGAAAAGGAAAGAGAAAAACUACGUGAGGAAAAAAAGAAAUAUCUGGAACAUUUAAAACAGUGGAGUAAGCGCAGAGAAGACAUGGAAUGUGAUGAUCUUAAGGAACUUCCAGCUCCAACUCCAGUGAAAACCAGACUACCUCCAGAAAUCUUUGGUGAUGCUGUAAUGGUUUUAGAGUUCCUCCAUGCAUUUGGGGAAUUAUUUGAUCUUCAAGAUGAAUUUCCUGAUGGGGUGACUUUAGAAGUUUUAGAAGAAGCUCUUGUAGGAAAUGACAGUGAAGGCCCCCUUUGUGAAUUAUUGUUUUUUUUCCUGACUGCCAUUUUUCAAGCUAUGGCUGAAGAAGAAGAAGAAAUUGCCAAAGAUCAAAUAGCAGAUGCUGAGACCAAAGAUUUAACAGAGGCUUUGGAUGAAGAUGCAGACCCCACAAAAUCUGCACUAUCUGCAGUUGCAACUUUGGCAGCUGCAUGGCCCCAGUUACAUCAGGGUUGUAAUUUGAAAAAUCUGGAUCUUGAUAGCUGCACUCUUUCUGAGAUUCUCAGGCUUCAUAUCCUAGCAUCAGGUGCAGAUGUAACAUCAGCAAAUGCUAAAUAUCGUUACCAGAAGCGAGGAGGAUUUGAUACUACAGAUGAUGCUUGCAUGGAGCUAAGACUGAGUAAUCCUGGAUUGUUGAAGAAACUCUCAUGUACCUCAGUAUAUGAUUUAUCAUCAGCUGAAAAAAUGAAGAUUCUUCAUGCUCUUUGUGGAAAACUUCUAACUCUUGUUUCUACUCGAGACUUCAUUGAAGACUCUGUUGAUGUAUUGCGACAAACAAAACAAGAAUUCAGAGAAUUAAAAGCAGAACAGCAUCGCAGAGAAAGAGGAGCUGCAGCAGCAAAAAUCCGCAGAAAAAAAGAAGAAAGAUUGAAAGGGCAGGAACAAAAGAUGAAAGAGAAACAUGAAAAACUGAAAGAAAUAGAGAAAACUCCUGCAGUUGAACUGUCUAUUAGUAUCAGUGAUGAAGAUCGAGAAGAGCUUGAUACAAGUACAGAAAGCAAGGGGAUUGAAACAAAGGAGCAAGAAGUGGAUACCAUGACAGAUGAAGAAGAUAACUCCUCGCCUAAUAAAAAAAAAGGGCAAGGAGGACAGAAUGGCUUUAAAGAUUUUACAAGACCAGUGGGGACUACUGAUGAUAAAUGUGAACUGCUCACUGCAGAAGAAGAGGCAACUUUAAAACAGGAGCAACAAAAUAAAGAAAAGGAACUCAUAGAAAAGAUUCAGAAAGCUACAGUCUGUACCAAUAUUUCUUCUUUGGGCCGUGACCGCUUAUAUCGACGCUAUUGGCUUUUUUCAUCAGUUCCAGGACUAUUUGUGGAAGAAGACUAUUCUGGUCUUACAGAAGACAUGCUGUUGCCUCGGCCAUCUUCAUUUCAUAAUAAUGUACCGUCUCAUAUUUCAGAAAAAUCUCAGAUAGUCAUUAAAACUGGAGAAUCUUUGACAGCAGAAUCUACCUCCAAAGCUUGCCAAGAUUUGGAAACUAGUGCUAUUGUGCUAAAUGUAUCACAACCAAUACAAAAGCCAAAUAGGUGGUGCUUUUACAGUUCUCAGGAACAGUUUGACCAACUCCUAGAAGCUCUCAAUUCCCGAGGAUAUAGGGAAAGUGCCUUGAAAGAUGUUCUUUUACAGGAAAAAUCCAGAAUAUGUGAACAAAUUAGUAAUUUUCCUAUUGAAAAAUUCUGUAUUUCAGAAAAAACACAGACUGAAGCCAAGCCACAGUUUGGACGUGGAAAAAUGCAGAAUGGCUGUGAUAUAGUCCAAAAAUCUGCAGAAAAGCAACUUGAAUUAAGGCUUAAAGACUUUCUCUUAGACAUUGAAGAUAGAAUUUUCCAAGGAACAUUGGGCUCCAUUAAGGUAAUGGACAGAUACAGUUGGAGAGCAGCCUUAGAAAAUGGGCAGUAUGAACUUCUAAAUGAAGAAAAUAAAGAAAACGGUGUAAUAAAAUCUGUUAAUGAAAAUGUAGAAGAGAUGGAAAUAGAUAAUCAAAUAAGAAUUCUUGCAAAAGACAGAUUGAUAGGAUUAAAACCUGAAUCUCGAAGUACUACUUCAACUAAUACGAGUACACCACAGCCUAUGAAUAAUACCGUACAUUAUUUGGCAUUGGCAUUGCUUCAGAUACAGCAAGGAAUUGAACGCAAAUUUCUCAAAGCCCCACUUGAUGGCAGUGAUGGUGGCCGUUCACAUAAAACUGUCUUGGAUCGCUGGCGAGAAUCACUCCUUUCUUCUGCUAGCCUCUCUCAGAUCUUUCUUCAUCUCUCAACACUGGAGCGAAGCGUAAUCUGGUCUAAAUCUAUUUUAAAUACUCGGUGCAAAAUGUGUAGAAAGAAAGGAGAUGCUGAGAGCAUGGUGCUUUGCGAUGGCUGUGAUCGAGGCUAUCAUAUCUACUGUAUAAGACCAAAGCUUAAGGCUGUUCCUGAUGGAGACUGGUUUUGUCCGGAAUGUCGACCUAAGCAGCGCUCUAGGCGACUUUCAUCCAGACAGAGACCUUCUGUGGAAAGCGAUGAAGAAGCUAUAGAAGAAAUUAAAGAAGAAGAUGAAGCUAGUUAUGAGGAAAUUGGGCAAAGUGAAGAUGAUUAUGAAGAGGAAGAAGAGGAUGAGAAUAUUGAUAAUUCUGAUUCUCAAGAAGAUGAAAAAAGCUUAUCCAAAUAUGGGAACCCUCAAGUAAAACUUACUUUAAGAACAAGAGUCCCAAAGCUUGCUAGUAAUCAGCUGAGUACUGGAAGAUACAACUCUCGCAGUCAGCAGAAUACACCAAAGCAAAUUGGCUCCUCAUAUAAAGCUCUUGGAAAGAAUAUUAGAAAAACAAAAUCUGCUCCUCCAUCAGUGACAAAAACACUACGACUUAGGAGUCGUAUUACUCGCCAUAAUCAAGAGAUGCUGAAGGCAGAUGCGUUUGUAGAGUUGACCAGCCAGCGAAGGCAACGUAGAGGAACGAAGACAACAGACACUACUCCAGACAGUAGUUCUGGUUCCAUUGGCUUCAGAAUUAUUGAGGAAAUGAAUUUAAGGAAAGAGAAAAGCUCUCCAGUUUCAGUAGAAAAAAAAUCACAAGAUACAGAUCCCCCCAAAAGGGGUAGGAAACGUCAGUCUAUAGAACCUUCUCAAGUGCCACUGAAUCGGAGGACCUCAGGGCGUCAGAGUGGAGUACAUGAAUUAUCUGCUUUUGAGCAGCUUGUUGUAGAACUGGUGCGACAUGAUGACAGUUGGCCUUUUAUGAAAUUGGUUUCCAAAAUACAGGUACCAGACUACUACGAUAUAAUAAAAAAGCCCAUCGCUUUAAAUAUAAUCCGUGAAAAAGUGAACAAAUGUGAAUACAAAGUAGCCUCGGAAUUCAUUGAAGAUGUUGAACUGAUGUUUUCAAACUGCUUUGAAUAUAAUGCUCGUAAUACAAGCGAAGCAAAAGCUGGAACAAGACUUCAGGCAUUUUUUCAUGUUCAGGCUCAAAAACUUGGACUUCCGGUUGCAUCAGGUUACAUGAACCAUGUUGCUCCAGCAGCCAAAAAGUCACGCAUCUAACUUCUUUUUACAUCUUAAGAAGAACUUCUUAGGACUUAAAUUAGAAGAAGCCUUUAUAUUUUCAUAGAAAAUGAAACACUUAAAUCAUGCAGCCAUAGAAAGCAAUAACAUCUGCCACACCUUGGAAGUGUGGCCUGCACUAUAUUCUCAAUUUAUUAAGCACUCAGGAAAAUGUAGCAAAGGUUCCCUUUUCUACAGUUUUGUUCAGUGUCUAAUAAUUUUGAUAUGUAUUGAAUACAGUACUGGUUUAUAGUAGCUCUGGUAUUUUAAAGACCAUUUUUGUCCAAAUGUUUUUUUCCCCUAGCACCAGCUAUUCUUAUAUUGUUUAGAGAGCAAUAUUUUCUUUUGUAGACUGUGGCAUAGUUUUGUAAGAAUUCUACCUUGGCUAUAAUCAUAAUAUGCAAUACGUACAGUAGAGCGAGUAAAAUAUAUGAAGUCAUUGCAUACCAGUUUUUGACACUACGUGAAUGAGUACAAUUUUAUAUAUUUUAAAUUACUGUGCCAGUGCUGUUUGGAAAAAUUAAACCUGACUUUAUUAAGUAAGAUAUUUAUUUAGCUUACAAAUAAUUUGUGUAUUUGUUUUUUAUUUAUAAAAUAUUUACUUUACAAAUUAAAAAAAAUCCUUAA